CCCGGUACUCUCUCUAACUCUCUUUCUCAGGGGGGAAAAAAAAGGAAAAAUGCGAGCAGGGGCAUGAGUGCAUGAGUGUAUGAGUGCAUGAGUGGAGCUCCUCUGUUCACUCUGACACUUCUGGACACAUUUCAUCCACCUGAAACUCUUAGUGAUCCCUCGUCGCUCUGGGCGUACCUACGUGGUUUUUUUUCAUCACAGAGGAGUAUAAUAAGGUGAGGGACGGGGUCAUAACUCCAUAAAUACUUGAUGUGGCACAGACAGACUGUGGAUGGACCUGAAGGCGCGCGUACUGCUGGAGGAAACCUGCGCGCUGGAGAGUAGCACCGACUUGUCUGUAGGCUGGUCCUUCAGUUGAAGAAAAGUGUACUGGUAAAAGAAGAAGAAGAAGAAAAAAAGAGUAAAUAAAUAAAAACCCUCCUCAUUUGCCAGCGUGGAAGCUGUGGUGCCUGUGGUAGACAUGGGGAGUCUAUGAUUCCAAAUUGGCGGCGAUUAUAAAUUGCUUGGUUUUUCUCCCAGAGUGCGAUGUAGUUCAACUUCACACCCCAGAGUGAGCCAUUUGUCAAGAUGACAGCGCUUACACCUUUGAACCGUGCUGUACUUGGACUUGCGUGGAGCUGUUUGAGUUUUCUGACCUGCGCUCAUUGCGGGUUAAGUGACAACCAUGUGCACUCCAGUUUUAUUUACAGGCGGUUGCGCAACCACGAGCGCAGGGAGAUCCAGAGAGAGAUCCUCUCCAUCCUGGGCUUGCCUCACCGUCCGAGGCCCUUCUCUCCCGGGAAGCAGGCGUCCUCCGCACCGCUCUUCAUGCUCGACCUGUACAACGCUAUGACCGUGGAAGAGGAGGAGGAGAGGGCGCAGCAGGGCGCGGCGAAAAGCUUCAGUGCCAAGGCUCAAGGACACUCCAGGAAAGGCUACUACAGCCCUCAGCAUGCCGGCUACUCCCGUAUUGCUCAGCCUUACCGAGCGGCCCCUUUGUUAGGCCACAGUCCCGCACUCACCACAGCGCAGGACACCAACUUUCUCAAUGACGCUGACAUGGUUAUGAGCUUUGUCAACUUGGUGGAGAAAGAUAAAGAUUUUUCUCACCAACGAAGACACUACAAGGAGUUCCGUUUCGAUCUGACUCAGAUCCCAGACGGGGAAGCGGUGACUGCUGCAGAGUUUCGAAUCUAUAAGGAUCGCAGCCACGUCCGCUACGACAAUGUCACUCUGAAGGUCACCAUAUAUCAAGUCAUCAAAGAAUAUCCAAACAAAGAUGCAGAGACGUUCUUGCUUGACUCCAAAAAAGUGCAGGCAUCUGAUGGCGGCUGGCUGGUGUUUGACAUUACGGCCACGAGUAACCACUGGGUGAUGAACCCACUGCAGAACUUGGGCCUGCAGCUCUGUGUGGAGACUGUAGAUGGACGAAGUGUCAACAUUAAAUCUGCUGGAAUCAUUGGGAGAAACGGGCCCCAGUCCAAGCAGCCGUUCCUGGUUGCUUUCUUCAAGGCCAGUGGGGUAUUGCUCCGCUCAGUCAGAGCUGCUGGUGGGAAGAAAAAGAGUCACAAUCGCAAUAAAUCAACCAAUCAACAAGAAUCAUCUAGGGCAGCAAAAACUCCAAAAGCUGGAGAUUAUAACACCAGUGAGCAGAAGCAAGCCUGCAAGAAGCAUGAACUUUACGUCAGCUUUCGAGAUCUGGGAUGGCAGGAUUGGAUCAUUGCACCUGAGGGCUAUGCUGCUUUCUACUGCGAUGGCGAAUGUUCGUUCCCACUCAAUGCACACAUGAACGCAACAAAUCAUGCAAUUGUGCAAACCCUGGUCCAUUUAAUGUUUCCUGACAAUGUGCCAAAACCAUGCUGCGCACCAACCAAGCUCAAUGCAAUAUCAGUACUUUACUUUGAUGACAGCUCAAAUGUUAUCCUCAAAAAAUAUAGAAAUAUGGUAGUUAGGUCUUGUGGUUGCCAUUAGUUUUGUGGACUAGCUUUAAUUUAUAUGAUCUGGUAUGGGAAUCGCUGGAAAAUACAUCUGCUGCAGGUGUGAUGUGAUGUACAUUAUAGUGUAUAUAAAGUUUUAUUACCUAAUUUAUUUUCCCUUUUUUUUUUUUAAAUAGCACUGAAUAUUGUGAUAUUUAAAUGAUUAGAUAAAGUGAUUUUAAUACAGUUAUCUCUUAACUCAUGUGUCCAUUGGCAUAUACUCUGUCUUUGUUAAAUCUCUAUUAUUAUCACUUUUAAUGAGUAAAUUAUUCACUGGAGUCAUGAUAAUAACAUGAGGAUUAUUCUCCCUCUGCCUGUUCUUUUCCCCCGUUAUCCAACAUAAAAUGUGCCAUAAAUGCACACUUUAGAGGUCAGUAUAUGAUAUGUUUGUUUUCAUAAUGGACCAGCUAUUAUGGUCUUAUUAUGGUAUAAUGCUGAUACACAAGAACGACCUCAGGGUUAUUCUAAUAGAACAUCACAUGGUAAAUUGGGUCAACAGGAGGAACAAAAAAUACCAAACUGUGAGUGUUCUCUAAUAUAAACCAAGCUGCACCAAGCUAUUUUCAAGCUGUCACCCUCUCUCAGCACCGAUACUGCUUUACCUUUUGAGUGUCAGUUCUUUUUUCUUUUUUUUUCUUUUUGUUUCCUCUUGUAAGAUUGUGUGCUUUUUUUGGAACGAGACUCUGAUGUUAACUGUUCUUUUACUCACUCCUCUUUUUUACGUCGCUUUCACGUCUCCUGCUCCUCUGUGAAAGGAGAGCUGCAAACACUCGGUGCUUACUCCAGUUUUUUUUGUUGUUGUUGUUGUUGUUUUGAGGAAAGUAUAUCUUAAUAUAGAGUGCUGUGUAUUUCAAUAAAUUUUACCACUUGA